AUGGUGAUCACAAAACACGGAUACGGUGCCAUCGUCAUGAUCAUCAUCGGCACGCUUUAUAACGCCGUCGCUUUGAUACUUCCCAUGUGGACAGCCAACUCCACAGUCAACCCUGCGCUCACUAGUGAGAUCACCAGUACAAACUUCAAAGCGGGACUCAUGAGCUUCUGUAUUGACAGCGAGCUCGCCAACUCGACCACCACCUUCGAACAUUGCUUCUUCUACAAGUUCGGAUCUGGCUACGAAGAUCUUAAGGCCAUCAACGAGACGGUGUGGACCAAAUACUCAGAGUACGCCACGUGCGAAGGCUACGGCAAGGCUGGAGACGUGAGUGAGGCCGAACGCUUGGCGUACGCGACGGUGCUGGCGACUGCCGCCGGUAUGGACGCCACGCAGUUCGACAAGUUUUUGGACAAGUCAUGUAGUAUUCUCGGUAUGGGAACCAUGACGUUCGGCGGUAUGAGUAUGUCAAACGGUCUGAUGGCCAUCAUCGCGAUCGUAGGCGCCAUCACGUGCCGCCAAGGCGACAAGAAGUGGGUUGGUGGGGGCUUCUUCCUGGCUGGUGCGGGUCCGUUGGGUGAGAAGGACGACACGUCGUUGAAGACAGCAUUCUUCCUGAUGAUCAUCGCGAUGCUGCACUACCCGCUGGCGAUGUUCAUGCUCAGGAAACAUUUGGAGGAGCAGAAGACAACCAAGUUGGACGAUGAUCAAAAUACGUUUGUUCUCGAGGCGUCCGACAGCCAAGGUGGUUCGCGUGCAUACAUGUAA